AUGGAGCCAAAGACGAACAGGCAACGCAGCGAGAAUGUGUACGAGGCGGCCCCCAAGCCUCAGCAGCAGCAGCAGCAACAGCAGCAACAGCAGCAACAACAGCAGCAGCAGCAGCUAGAGGAGGAGGAGAUGAUCCUCCUGAAUGCGGGGACUUGCCUACUCUUUUUUCUGUUUUUUUUGAAGGAGCUGAAGUCGAUAAGGUCCGAUGCACCAAGAGCUGAAGUCGAUAAGGUCCGAUGCACCAAGUGCGGCAGGUGUACGUCCACCUUAGUACCCUUCAAAAGUUUAGCGGUGGCGAUGACGAGAGAGGCUCAGGAGGAGUCUUGUUACCAUGCAAGCCUGCGAGUGAAACCCUCUACUUUUUUAAAUUUGUUGUCGCCAGUGGAUCUCGUGGAGUGUCUAGACAGACACUUCGCCGAAGACUGCGAAUCCCUCAAACUCUCAUCGGGAGAAGGGUCAGCUGCUGCUGCUGCUGCUGCAUGCGCUCCUGCUGCUGCUGCUGCUGCUGCUGCUGCAUGA